GAAAAAUAUUUAAAAAAAAAAUUAAUAAAAUUGUUGUAAUCAAAUACACUUUAAUUUCGACUGCAACUUAAUAAAUUUUAAAUAAGUUUGAAAAAUAAGUGAGUGAUAAAUAGUACGAAUUCAAAUCAAUAAUCUAGAGCGGCUGAUUAAAAGAAAUUAAUGUAGCCCCCAAACUCAGUUUUCACUUGCAAAGGAGAUGGGAUACAAGAGUUGUUGAAAUCAGAAGUAAGAAGUCAACCAAGGGUGGAUCUGUGUAGGUGGAUUGGGGUGUCGCGGCAUCCGCGCUUCUCGAUUGAAACCCUGUAUAUUUAUGUAUAUAUUUGUAUAUAUGUAUUAGUUAACAUAUAAUUAUUAUGCUUGGCACCUGCACUACAAAGCGAGUUGACGGUGUAAGUGGUUGAGACGAUUGGGUUUUACCCAGCAGUACAGGUUCCAUAUCUGCCUCUGAAGUCAACCAUUUUCUGUGACCACUCCCUUCCCACACCAGCAGAUUCCAAAUCGAAGACUUAGCCAAUAUAUACAUAUAUCAUGAUGUAAAAAGAAAAAGAAAGAAAAAAAUGAGUUGGGGGAAAAUGUUCUUCACAGUGGUGAUUACGUUCUCAGCAGCAUUGAUUACAUACAACAUCCUCAUCUCAGCAAAUGCUUCUUUGAAGCAAGAAUUGCCAGGCCCUUCUUCUAUAACAUUUUCCCAAGACCCAAUCAUUAAGAUGCCAUUGGACAGAUCAUCAAAGAAGAAGAGGUUGUUCCAUACAGCUGUAACAUCUUCUGAUUCAGUUUAUAACACUUGGCAGUGUAGGAUUAUGUAUUACUGGUUCAAAAAAUUUAAGGAUGAACCUAAUUCUGAGAUGGGUGGCUUUACAAGAAUAUUGCAUAAUGGCAAGCCAGAUAGGUUCAUGGAUGAGAUCCCUACUUUUGUUGCUCAGCCACUUCCCUCUGGAGUGGAUCAGGGUUAUAUUGUCCUUAAUAGACCAUGGGCUUUUGUUCAGUGGCUCCAAGAAGCACAAAUUGAAGAAGACUACAUAUUGAUGUCAGAACCAGAUCAUGUUAUUGUCAAGCCCAUACCAAACCUAUCAAAGGAUGGCCUUGGAGCGGCAUUCCCUUUCUUUUACAUAGAACCCAAAAAGUAUGAGUCUGUACUGAGAAAGUUUUUUCCUGAAGAAAACGGACCUAUAACUGACAUUGAUUCCAUUGGAAAUUCCCCUGUCAUUGUUGCCAAGGAAGAUUUAAAGAAAAUAGCUCCCACAUGGAUGAAUGUUUCUUUGGCCAUGAAAAAGGAUCCUGAAGCGGACAAAGCGUUUGGUUGGGUGCUUGAGAUGUACGCCUAUGCAGUUUCAUCUGCUUUGCAUAAUGUGGGUAAUGUAUUGCACAAGGAAUUCAUGAUUCAGCCUCCUUGGGAUACAGAAAUUGGCAAGGCAUUCAUAAUUCAUUACACAUAUGGAUGUGACUAUGAUAUGAAGGGAAAGAUGACCUAUGGAAAAAUUGGAGAGUGGAGAUUCGACAAAAGAUCAUAUGAUAAUUCCUGGCCUCCGAGGAACCUUUCUCUGCCUCCACCUGGUGUUCCAGAGAGCGUGGUUACUCUGGUAAAAAUGGUGAAUGAAGCUACAGCUAACAUUCCAAACUGGGGUUCUUAGAACGGUGUUGUCUGAAGUUGUUUCACUCACGCAAGAUGUAUGACGGAUUCAUAAUUUGUACUUUCUAUACCAAUGCUGCCACAAGGAAAUCUCGUUUCCUCCCAAUGACUCUUGUUAGAAUAUUUGAAACUUUCUUGUAUGCCGUUCCAUCUUUCCUUUAUCCUGUAGGUUUCCGAAUCUGAGUGUAUAGUUGCAAGUAUAUUCGUAUGUGGUAGGUGGUGGAUAUGUAUAAACUAUGAGUUUACUAGUUGCAGCUCCUCCCAUUGUUAAGUAAA